GAUCGAGCUACGAACGUCUGCGUCGAGCUGUCUCGAGAUUGUCUGGAGUUUUAAGAAUCUGAGAAGCAACCUGUUCGAUACUCACGUGGAAAAUAAAGAUUUUCGACUCGAGAGAAUUUAAGAAACCACAAAUUCUACAUGAGAAGACCUCUAUUUGGGAUAUGUUUAGGUCGUUCAAUACUCUUCAUACGUGAGGAAGAAGUUGUAAUUGUUGUCACCUACUAGAAGUUUCUAUUUCAUAUUAAAAAAACAAAAAAUACAUGGAGAAAAAAAGCGCACGGUACCGGAUGUAUGAUUCAAUGUGCCCCCAACUUGGAAAUUCUUCACUUUUGAUUCCAUCAAUCAUGUUAUAUAGUGUUUAUGGUCUUCAAUCGUCAGUGUAGUCUCUGUUACCCCACCAAAACCAAAUUAACAAAGCCGCUGCAACUUGAAUUCGAAGCGAAAAAAGACAGACAAUUUUGGGAGCAGAUUCAAUCCUUGCACUCCCGAGUCUUAUGAUAUGGAAUUAUUACCAACAGCAAAUUGUCCCAAUAAAGAAGAUGGGUCGAGCUCAUAUUACUUGUUCUAAUCUUCUUAUUUGAGUAGAAUUGGGAUGCCGAAACCCACAGCGAGAAGCAAGGUUCUACGGACUGGAUCAAAGGUGAGGAAUGCAAAUGUGACAACCAGCGAGAGUUCUCUUCCUUCCAGACUGCCGAUGUAUGAUCGGGGACUCUUGAAAAAUGCUACCUCCUACCUGUUCUCCGACUUCCCCGAGAACUGGUCUUCGAAGAGACUCUGGUUUCUGUUUGCAACCUAUGGUGCUGGAUUAGGACGGAUUGUGGACGUAUUCAUACCCAGAAAGAAGGACAGGAAAGACAACAAGUUUGGCUUUGUCAGGUUCUCAGAGGUCAGAGAUAAAGCCAGGUUAGAGAAGAUGCUCAAGAUGAUCUAUUUUGGUAUAGAACAACUCAGGAUCACUCUCGCAAAUGAGAGAAAACCACAGCAACCAGUCUUUAACCCCCUCCCCCUCGUCCAUUACCACCUCCACGACCACCUAGAACUCUUAAAAAGAAAUCCUAUGUCGAAGCCUUACAAAAUGGCCUUAACCUCCUAGAUUCUAUUAGCCAAACACAAAGUCCUAACACCAUACCCCCAGCCUGUCCACUAGUAACUGAGCAGAAUAAGAGCAAAACGAAGCUAACAUUGAAUGUGGAAGAUGACAUGGAGGACUCCAGUUGGCUCAACAGUUGUGCUCUCGGGGAAGUUCUCUCCCCUGAUCUUAUUCCUGGCCUCCAACAAACCUUCUGGGAGAGCGGUUUUUCUCACAUCAUGACUACGCCAAUGGGGGGAUGUAAAAUUCUGUUACAAAGUGAGACUUUGGAAAAGAUAUCCAGAUUUAUAGAGGAAGAAGAAGUUUGGUGGAGCAAGUGGUUCCGCAGAAUCAAGCUUUGGAGUCCAUUAGAUAUAGCCGAUGAAAGAUUUGCCUGAUUUAGAAUUACGGGCCUUCCUCUUCAAGUUUGGAAUCAGAAUACGUUUGAAAGGAUUGGGAAUAAAUUAGGCAGUUUCAU